AUCGGCGGGAUAUUAUGCAAACCACAUUCUAUCAAAUAAACCAAUGCAGGCAUUAAAUAAGUAGACUACAAAUCUGUCAAGAUGGUCAUGACAUUAUUGGCAAUUAUCACUGUGUUAGCAUGCAUGAUCAGUGAUGUACAAGGGUGUAAAUGUAGAGGAUUUCAACAUUUUCAGAGACAUUUUUGCUCAUCCAAGUAUGUUUUAUAUGGCAGAGUUAUAACAGAAAAAUCAGUAGAACGCGGGUCUGACCUUUUAAGGAGAUAUACAAUUCGCAUAUUGUAUAAAAUGAAGGGAGUGAGUGAAAGUGUUGGCUCAGAGGUAGAUAUCGAGACACCAAAUCAAUCGGCAAGUUGUGGCGUUAAAUUGGAAGUCGGAAAUUCAUAUAUCUUAAUGGGAACCGAACAAGCGGAUGGAACGAAAACAAUAAUUUCAUGCGAUUUUCCAACACACCUGGGUAGUCUUUCCCCUUACCAAGCCUUUUACAUGUUUACAAGUGGACCCUUUUCGUACAAGUUAAACUGUAGAAGAGGAUGCAACAAAAUCGACGAACAGUCAGAAGGAUGCAAACUUGACCGAAUAGGAAAUGAACUUACAGCCUGCCUUUCAAAGCAUGCAUUGUGUAAGAAACAAGGAAGAACAUGUGUUUGGUUUCAUAAUAAUAAAUGUUAGCUACAUAACAUACUCAAUACUUAAAAACCUAACCUAUUUGUUAAAUAAAAGUUGAAUCCUUUAAGUUGUUU